AUGGAUAUUAAUGGGUGGGUGAUCAUUUCUGAUGAUUGCUUUCUUGAUGAUGAGAAACAGAUUUUCUUAGGAAAAAGAAACUCACUCUCAGACUCAAUUAGUAACUUUGACAAAGAUUACUUUGGCACCUCCCCAAAAUCAACAAAAACCAUUGAAAUCGAACCACCAAAGAUACCGAAACUACUUAUCCAUGUUCCAAUUCAACUUGAACCCAAAAUUGAGAAAGUUCCAAGUGAAGAGGAAAUAGUGAAAGAACAAACCGAUGAAGACAGUGUUUCACAAGUUUUCUUUCAUAUGAAGGAAAACAAAUUUGCUGACAUGAAAUUGGAGUCACCAAAGUCUAGUAGUGGUAGAGGAUUGUUUUCUCAACAACUUGAUGCAGUUGAGGACAUGGAGAUGAUGACAUCUCCUAGAAUGAAGAACAUGGAGAAAGACAACAACGUUGUUAUGUACUAUGAUGAGAAAGAAGGAGAGAACAUGAAUGGUGGUUUUAAUUUAUGGAAGUGGAGUUUGACAGGAGUUGGAGCUAUAUGUUCUUUUGGUGUUGCUGCUGCCACAGUUUGUGUCUUGUUGUUUGGAACCCAACAAAGAAUCAAGAAAGACCAAACUAUUAGGUUCCAGAUCUACACCGAUGACAAGAGGAUUAAGCAAGUGGUGCAACAUGCAACGAAAUUGAAUGAAGCAUUUGCAGCAGUGAGGGGUGUUCCAUUGAGCAGAGCUCAUAUAACUUAUGGUGGUUACUAUGAUCAGAGUGUUUGA